GCCAAAAUGCAUCAAUCUCUCUUCCCCCCAAUCACCCACUCGGCCAGCACCAUCAAGAGGAGAAGAACAUCUGCAAACACACCUCCAUAGCCAAGAAAAAACCGAGCUCAAGGUUGAAGAAGACUCAAGGAAGAAGAAAGGCUUGGGAAAGAAAAGAAAAACUUAGAAAAAAUUAAGGAAUUUUACCAAGGUAUUCUAGACUUCUCGAGGAAUCUAGGAGUGGCCGGGAAGUCGCCGGAGCCGCCGGAGUUUCGCCGGAAAAUUCCAAAAGUCACCGGAGUUCAAACAAAGAGGAUAAAAGCUUGCUAGCGUCAUUUCGAGGUUGAAGCUAGAGCUUACUUCCUGCACCCGUUGCUCGGGAGAUCAAUGGAGAGAAGACGUGGUUCGUGCUUCCUCUCGUUCUAUUUUUAAAUAAUUAAAUAAUGCUCAUGGAACUAUUUUGACUUAUAAAUUAAUAGAGCCUGCGAGCUCUUGUUUUACCCUUGUGUGGGUUCUUAUUAAACACUUAUAUUCCGCUAUGUGUUUAAUUGUAUGUUGAUGUUGUUAUGUAUGUUUACUAAUCGGUUUUGGCAUAUGUAUCUAUCGGACGUCUUGUGCAAUUCGGUAAGGAUGGACUGUGGUUAUUCUUAUUGGGUUGUACGACGGUUGUCCACGUGGCACAGACGCGGUCUGGGGCGUGACAAUUAAGUGGUAUCAGAGCCAAACGAUUUCUAAACUAUAUAGUCAACCUCUCAACAGAGUUUCUAUCAAAACAGUUUUCAAUGAAAAACCAUGAGCAUAAGUUACGUUUUGUACUUUAAGAGCAUUUGGUUAUCGAGUUGCAAGGUCUCUGGUUGUUAAGAUGGGCCCCUUAACAAUUGGUAUGGCAGAGACUUGAGCCAAGUUGUGUCUUGAGUACGUUUCUGUCAAUUGACAUUCAAACGAGUCUAAAGACUCAUUCCAACAUAUUCUUUCAGGAAUGGGUGGUAGUGAUAGGGCGGUUCGAGGAAAUCCGAGAGGGCGCGCACCGGGGAUAGCCGGGCAAGCCAAUCGGGGGAUAUCAAGGUCGCGUAAAAGGCGAGGUAUGGGCAAUCAAGGCCCACGAACACGAGCCACGAUGGCUGAUCACAACGUGACUGAAUUCGAGUCGUGGAACUCGGAUGAUGACUCAACUUAUCACCCUGAAAGCGAGUCAGAUGAAACUUCUUUUCAGGAAAACAGUGGAGAGGAUAUACAAAGUAUUCCUCCCGAACAUGUUAGCGAGAUGUACCGAUGGUACCAACGUGAAAGGGGAAGACAACGACAGGGAUCUCAAAAGGGACAUGUCAGAGGCGAGACCUCUCUCAUGAGGGGUCAGGGUGCUCAUAGAGCACAGGUUAGGACAGUCAGAGAUUCUGAUGGCGAAGGACCAUUCUUUAAGAUCUCGAAGUACCUCAAAGAGGCUAGAGCCUUGGGGUGCAAGCCAUUUGAUGGAACGGGGGACAUAUCGGAAGCAGCCGAGUGGAUAAAAAGGUUAAAUGAUGCAGCUGAUGACAUGCAAGUGGUCCCUGAACGAAAGUUAAGGGUAGCUACUAGAUUAUUGGAGGGUUUAGCUUCUACUUGGUGGGAAGGCACCAAGGGUAAGUUUGACGGGGUUGUCACGUGGGACAACUUCGAGCAAGCAUUCUAUGAGCAGUUUUACACCUCUUUCGAAGUAAAUCGAAAGAGGAGGGAAUAUAUCGAUCUCAAACAGGGAAAUGAGUUUACGGUGAAGCAACUGGAACAAAGAUUCCGACAUCUGGCAAGGUUUUUGCCUGAGUAUGCCGCAAAUGAGAACCGAAUGGCAAACCAUUUUUGGAAUGCACUCAAUUUGGAAAUACGCGAAAGAGCGACCUACCAAUUCAACAUGACUUUUAGUGAAGUAGUAGCCCAGGGUCUCCAGGGGGAGGAGCUUUGGAAGGAAAGGCAAGCAAGGGAUGCAAAGGAAGCACAAGAAAGAGAUCAGGCGAUCGUUCACCCUCCACGACGAGAGGGGAAGUAUGAACUUCAGAGCAAGGGGAACUCUAACAAGUCAGUUCCGUUUUUCAGUGAGAGCCAGGACUUGGUAAAUCAAAGCUCAAGCACUCGAGGCACGGGGGCACCCAAAUGCGAGAAUUGUAGGCGAAGGCACUACGGUAGAUGUCGAGAGCCAUCUAGAUGCUACUUUUGUGGAGAAACAGGCCACAUCAAGGUCCUUUGUCCUCAACGUACGCGUGAAGGAACAUCAGGAGCUAGAGGAGGGGUCACGGGGGUUGAAAACCCAACUAGGGUUGCCUCAAACAUGGUACCUUCUACAAGUCAAUGGCGAACUCGCUCGUGAAGGCCGGCAAUGGCGGAAGCCAUUUGUUAGGCCCGACUAUGGCACAAGUCCAGAAAAUACAACUUUCGGGACCGAAUGUACACUUUGGGACAUAAAGGGAUGACCUCCCACAUGGGUGGGGGCCACCCUACGAAAUUAUUCAGCAAAGUAGACAAAAGGAUGGCUGUACAAUGGUAGGAAGGAGAUGAGAAGUUGACUUGAAGUGAUAAGCAUGAAUGAGAGACAUAUGUGGACCCUUUUCCUUUAUUAUUAUUGGUGGUAUGAGCCAAAAUGCAUCAAUCUCUCUUCCCCCCAAUCACCCACUCGGCCAGCACCAUCAAGAGGAGAAGAACAUCUGCAAACACACCUCCAUAGCCAAGAAAAAACCGAGCUCAAGGUUGAAGAAGACUCAAGGAAGAAGAAAGGCUUGGGAAAGAAAAGAAAAACUUAGAAAAAAUUAAGGAAUUUUACCAAGGUAUUCUAGACUUCUCGAGGAAUCUAGGAGUGGCCGGGAAGUCGCCGGAGCCGCCGGAGUUUCGCCGGAAAAUUCCAAAAGUCACCGGAGUUCAAACAAAGAGGAUAAAAGCUUGCUAGCGUCAUUUCGAGGUUGAAGCUAGAGCUUACUUCCUGCACCCGUUGCUCGGGAGAUCAAUGGAGAGAAGACGUGGAUGGACUGUGGUUAUUCUUAUUGGGUUGUACGACGGUUGUCCACGUGGCACAGACGCGGUCUGGGGCGUGACACCCCCUCCUAGCCUGCGACUCACCGAUUCUCAGAUCUCUUUUGAGGAAAUAGGGUUAACAGCCAAAGAUGAUGCCGAUUGAUACAAGAGGAGCAGUUGAUACUUUUCAAUCACUACAAAGUUUUGCAUUAGAAAUUUUGAAGUCAGAUUCUUGUGAAAGGAAAUAGUCUACUGGCAUACGUUUAUGUGAGGAACUUAAUUGAACCUUUAAGAACGUUUUUGCCAUUGUUUCGAUUUCCGGAAGAAUGCUGUCCUGAGUGGAUGAGUGCCUGCUUUACUGAUCAGUGAUCACUCUCCCUUUGGUUUGUUCUCCUUGUAUCAGAUAUAGAGAGUGGGCCUGGAAGAAAGGAUAUUCCUGUUCUUCCAGACUCCGGUCACCCUUUAAUUUCAUGUUGGGAGAUAUGGGAAGUCUUCGUACCACUUAGUCUGAUUUCGAUUUUGUGUAUGCCAAGUGAUCUCGGAAUCACGCUUCCUAUGUCUCACAUAUCGCAUUUUGUGGAAUGGGUUUCCACCUUAUGGUAUUGUUCGUGAAUGCUUCUUGUAUAUGUACAAGUUUAUAUUGUCUUAAAAAACUAUGACUGGGAUUUGUAAUCCUCAAUCCCCCCAAUAUCAUCAAGGUUAAUCACUUUAUUGGAUGAAGUGAGAUUAAAAUUUUAAAAAAUCUUCUAGUAAUAGAAGUAAUUGUGUUUAAUUCUCGAC